AUGUUCUCUCUGGCUCGCAGCGCACCCAGAUUUGUGUUUGCUGCUCGUUCUCUUACGUGCACAACACGACUUUAUCAUGACCUUGUGAUUGAUCACUACGAGCAUCCUCGUAAUGUCGGCUCCUUCGACGCGAAUGAUGACGACAUUGGCACAGGAAUCGCCGGAGCUCCUGCCUGCGGUGACGUGAUGAAGCUCCAAAUUAAGGUCGCCGAUGGAAAGAUCGUCGACGCCAAGUUCAAAACGUUCGGCUGUGGUUCAGCCAUUGCGUCUAGUUCUGUAGCCAGCGAAUGGGUGAAGGGAAAGACUCUGGAAGAAGCCAUGACGAUCAAGAACACAGAUAUUUCAAAUCACUUGAAGCUCCCGCCCGUGAAGCUCCACUGCAGCCUGUUAGCUGAAGAUGCCAUCAAGGCAGCGGUGAAUGAUUAUGUAAAGAAGAGUGAGAAAAAGCAGUAA